AUGCAGUCGGUGAGUGAAGCAAUAAAAAUACAGCCUGUGUACAACACGCAAGGCAUCUGUAUGAUAGACGGUGUGCUUUACACGGGGUAUGAAAACGUGCUUUUUGGAAGCAAUGGACAAAACUCUGUUGUCCUGCAGCUUGAGCUAGAGAGCGAAAUAGUAAAAAUAUUCCAAGUGUACAACAAAAUUUUGAUAUCAACAAUUACUGGAAAGGUGUAUCUAUACAAUCCAGAAGAGAAAGAAGCAAGGCCAGCCUGCGUGUUUAGCAAUAUGGUCAUCAAAAGCAUUGACUUAGAUGGCGAAGCAAUCCUUAUAGGAACAGCGGAUGGGCUGAUUAUACUUAGCGACAUAAAUGGCUACGGAGUGACAAUGACCAAAAAGCUGGAGGGCACAGCUACUGCAGUUAGGUUCGUGCAGAUGAAAGGUGCAAAGAGAAAGUACACUACAAGUAACAAGCUUAUGGUGGCAGGUGAUGUGAUGGGGACAAUUACAAUGUAUACCACAGCAGGGGAUGUAGUUUACCGGGAGGCAAACUGCCAUUCUGGAAAUGUUGUAUUCAUUGGAGAGCUGGGUGACAGAAUUCUCAGCUGCGGGAUGGACGGAUUCAUAAUAGAGCACUCUAUAGGAGAGGAAACGAUAGUUCGAAACAUCAGUGGAGCCAUGCAAGAUGGAAUUAGCGCGUGUGCUGUAUACAAUAACAGGAUGAUUCUGUGCGGAAAAGACAUGUUUGUAACUCUGUCUGAAAAUCUAAAGAUUAUUAGCAAAAAAGCCAUGGACAUCCCGUCUAUAGAGAGCUUUGAUAUUUUUGGAGAGUACUGUGUGAUUACCACCGAAGAGCAUGAUAUUUUGGUGGCUAGCAUUGUUGAGGAUGAGCUGGUGGUUGAAAAGGUUAUUGUUGGCAACAAUGAUGAGAUCACGGAUCUUUUGGUGCUGGAUAGCAUUGUUGUGGUCAGCACAAACAGCAGAUACAUUCGCACAAUUAGCAAAAGCGACAUUGAGCGAGAGAGUGCAAACGAAAAGGCAGACCACAAGGUGUUUUCAGGAGAGCUGGUUAAGUCGCAGAAUGAGGAAUAUGUGCUCUCUAUGUGCGGGACGAACAAGGCAUUUUAUACAGGCAGCAAAGACGGAGUUAUCUCGCAGUUUAGUGUGAUUUCUGGGAAUAUACGAGACAGCGUGAAGCUAGUGCAUAGCAUAUCAGUAGAGGCGCCGAUCACUGCAAUGUGCAUCUACCAGGACACUCUGAUCACUGGAACAGAGCAAGGAAUCAUAAGUGGAUGGAAAGUGUCAAGCAAGCUUGAGCAGAUAUUUACAGCAGCAGCAAGCACCACAGAAAUAACAGGAAUAGUUGUGAAUAACAAAAAGAUCCACUGCACCAGCAAGAACAAGGAGAUUAAAGUGAUAAACAUGAGCGGCGGGGUAGACAGCGCAGUGUCUGGCCAUAAGAAAGGGCUGUGGUCAAUAUCAGAGCACAGCCAGAUGCUUCUCACAGGAUCAAGCGAUAAGACUGCAAGGUUGUGGAAGGGCGAUAUUAACAGCACGCUGCAGCACAACACCUCUGUGGUCAGAACACUUCUUACAGAGAGGGCAAUAACCGCAACAUCUGAUGGAGUUGUACGCAUUUGGAACAUAACGAAUUACAAAGAGCUUGGCGCACUCCGGAUUACAGAAGCCAAAGACGAGAGGAUCUGGGCAAUAAAGCGGUACAGAGACACUCUUUACAUUGUGUCUGCAGGACCUGCCAUUGUAAUCAUCAAGGACAACACGCUGGAAGUAGAGAAGAUGAAGGAGCAGACGCAGAAAGAGGAGUACGUUGCAAAGCAGCAUGCUCUGAUAUUCAUGAAGAAAGGAGAGUAUGUGCAUGCAGCUGUGGAAUACUAUAAGCUGAAUCUAGAGAAAGACCUAAGAAGCACACUCAGGAAGAUUGAUGAAUCAAUGGACAUAUCGCUGCUUAUGGAUGCACUUCUUCUUGAUGUUCCAAAGUUCGUCAAAUACAUUGUAAAGUGGGCCAAAUCUCCGCCUCUAUUUACUAUCACGCAGCGCAUUCUCAAGGACGCCAUUGAAAAAAGAACUGUGAUUCCAAGGAAAGAGGCAGAGGAUCUUUCGCAGACACUUGCAAGAACAGCCGAGCUGUUUAAUGCAGCAUACUAA